UUUUGGAAUUGCUAGCUGACUCCUUGUGCUUUGUCUGGUUGUCCGCGUACUCUGGUCCCUGCAGUACACAAUACAGAUACAGAAGCUGCACACGUGAUAGGGGCGACACAACCGGUUUAUAGAAUUGUCGGAUUUGCCCGUCAAGAAGGAAUUUUUUAGCUGUUCCCGUUGGUAGAGUCCUAUAGUGCGACAUUGUGUCUUACGUACUGAACUUCUGAAGCUAACGUGUACCGUAAACUAUUUCGGUAGGAUGAUAUAGAAAAAUACAUGUACGAAGACGAGAAAUAAAUAUGCGUCUAUUUUGCAGUAUGGAUUUACUGACUAUAAUUCUAUAAAACAUCAUUAGCUUUAACAUAGCUCGGGUUUCAGUUAAGCCGCGUUGAGCCCUCGAUUGUAGAAAACAUGUGGGCAACGCCCCUGAGGCGUUACCAAAAAGUAGCCAACCCUGUUCUUCCACCCUAACGAAGUUAGCACACAUGAAUGAUUAGGCCAUGACCUCACUGGAGCAUUACUGACUCGUACACUGUCAAAAAUCCCGUCUGUCUGAAGUUAAUCAAAAAUACGUAGAAUUGUAUAAAUGUUACACGAUACAGUGGUGUUUUUGCAUACCUGUCAUACCUCUGCAGUGUUCUAAUUGAAAUUUACAGUCAAAUAAAGUUCGGUUCAGUAAAAAAAUAAAUAAACAAACAAACAGUCAAUCAGAAGGUCAUAUGUCGUCUGUUGGGCGUUGUUAUUUUCGUCACGUUUAAAUUAAAUGAUCUAUUGUGUAACACUUACUGAUUCAAGCAUGCUACAGGUCCAGUGUAAGGUAUACACGUCGCAUAUUUCGUGCGAUAUUUUGUGUCGUACGACGCUUCGGGACUAAUGGAGGUUACAACAGAACAAGUCGUUGCUAAGGAAGGGUGCUAAGCUAAUUUUGGAGGGCACGUCGGGCUCCAUUUCCGUCCCAAGAAUGCGUUCAAUCUGCUGCUGAAAUUUUCGUGUCCAAAAAUGUUGCCUCGAAGCCACAUAGGUCUAUGGAAAGAAGUUAUCUUCCAAUUAAAGAAAAAGACAAGAGUUAUUUUGGCAGCCACGUUUCUACUCCUGGUCGUCUGUUCUAUGUAUUCUGGCCACCAAGCUUACACAACAGCUAGAGUUAUCCAUCCUUUAGCCUUCGCUCCCAGGAUAGAUACAGCCAAGCAAUGGGCACAGAACCAAGCAGAGUUUUCAAAAAUGAAGACUGUGUUGAGAUCCACUUUGAGGCAAACGAUGGCUAUAGUACGAGUUAACUCAGACGACAACCUCAUACGGCGUUGCCUAGCGACAGGAGAGUGUCAGGGGGUUUCGCCAUUACGUCACUACGGCACAUGCGCACUGGUGGGCAGCAGUGGGAUCCUGCUAAACAGCGGUUGCGGUGGUGAAAUUGAUACGAGUGACUUUGUCAUCAGGUUCAACCUGAGCCCCCAAGACGGUUACACCAAAGACGUGGGGAAGAAGACUUCCAUGAUGGUUCUGAACACUAUCAUGUCCAAAUGGGUAGACGAGCUCUUCCAUGGCAAAAGGAAAGCGCGACAGGAUAGGAACAUUUAUACAGCCAACAACGCGAUAUUGUUCAUUCCAAAGUCGCGAUCGACCAGGGAGUAUUUGCAACACAGCAGAGAUUUGGAGGAAACCAUGAGAAGACAGGGACUGAAUAUUGUUGUCGUCAUGGGAGUACCAACUUCUGAACUUGGGCAGGACGGCAUGCGUCGUCAGAUUUGGGAAGUUCUGGACAAGGAUCACAACAGUGAAGACAGACCUUCAACAGGGCUACUCCUGGUAGAAAUCGCCAUCACCUUGUGUGAUUCCGUCCGCCUGUACGGUUUCUACCCGUUUGCACGGGACCAACAAAGCCACACAGUCCCCUACCACUACUGGGAUAACGUUACCUCCAUCGAAAGUGUUCUAAAUCGCCAACACCCUCACGAUUUUGCCGCCGAGUUUGAACUUCUUCGAAGACUUCACAACAGUGGUGUCAUUGAGCACAAAAUUGCUCCUUGUAGAUAUCAUAUGUAGCAAUUUCUCUGUGUUCCAGAAGAAGAAAAAGAGUUCAUGGAUCUCACACGUCCAUGAAAUGUCAAGA